UUUUGAAUGUUGGUUGAUAAGGAAAGAAAUUUAAAUAAAUUAAUUUGGGUUUAAAAGGAAAACAAACUAAAAUAUUAGGGGCCUACAGUAAUUACAUGAUAAUUAAGGAACAAUAUCUUGUCCGAAUCAGAAACGCCGGCGGACACAAAACACAAAAGAACAGGCUUUUAAUUUAAAACUCAUGUUAUUCAGUAAAUCCCAUAAUUCAAGAACUUGAUCCUUCUUUCAAGUUUCUAACAUUCUACUCUCUCAGUUUCUUUUCCAAAUACCCAUUUCAGUUUCUUUCUCAGGAAAGAUGUCGGAGAGAAAGGUCUUGGAUAAAGGUUUUGAUGAAGGAGAUAAAGAUGCAUCCAACCUUCCAAUAAAUAAAGUUGACCCUGGGAAACCUGCACCACUAACUUGGAAUCGAAGCCUAAAUGGUGAGGGAUAUGUUCCUUCAAUGUUCACUCUGACUUUUCAAGAGAAACUUCAGAUGGCUCCUAUAGGUAUUCGGCUUUGGCAGCAUAUACGAGAACAAUCAACCAAAGGAAGGCGGGUUUUUAUCAACCCAUUUGCUAAGCGCUAUAUCACAUCUUGUCAUGGUGUUCCUCUAGGUGGUGUUGGCACCGGAAGCAUUGGAAGAAGUUACAAAGGUGAAUUUCAGCGCUGGCAACUAUUCCCUAGAAUAUGUGAAGAGAAACCAGUUUUAGCAAAUCAGUUUUCUGUUUUUGUUUCGCACUCCAAUGGUGAGAAGUAUUCCAGUGUACUGUGCCCAGCAAGUCCUGAGCUGCUUAAAGAAAAUGCAGUCUCAGGAAUUGGUUCUUGGGACUGGAAUCUGAAGGGUAAUAAUUCUACAUAUCAUGCUUUAUACCCAAGGGCUUGGACAGUAUAUGAAGGUGAACCUGACCCUGAACUUAAAAUUGUUUGUCGCCAAAUUUCACCUAUUAUUCCUGAUAAUUACAAAGAAAGCAGCUUUCCUGUUUCAGCUUUUACUUUCACUGUAUAUAAUACUGGAAAGACCACCGCAGAUGUUACCUUGCUUUUCACUUGGGCUAAUUCUGUGGGAGGAGUUUCUGAAUUUUCUGGUCGUCACUCCAAUUCGAAAAUAAUGAUGAAGGAUGGCGUGCAUGGCAUCCUUUUACAUCACAUGACUGCAGAUGGACUACCUCCUGUGACUUUUGCAAUUGCCGCACAGGAGACUGAUGGUGUUCAUGUUUCAGAGUGCCCCUGCUUUUUGAUAUCAGGGAACUCACAAGGCAUUACUGCAAAAGACAUGUGGCAAGAAAUAAAAGAGCAUGGCUCCUUUGAGCAUUUAAAGUACACUGAUGCAUCAGUGCCUUCAGAGCCGGGGUCCUCUAUUGGGGCAGCCAUUGCAGCUUCUCUGAAAAUUCCAUCUGAUGCUGUACGCACUGUUACUUUUUCAUUGGCAUGGGACUGUCCUGAGGUAGACUUUCUUGGUGGAAAGACUUAUCACAGGCGUUAUACAAAAUUCUAUGGAACCAAUGGGGAUGCUGCAGCAAAUAUCGCACACGAUGCUAUUCUUGGGCACAGUCAUUGGGAGUCACUGAUUGAAGCAUGGCAGAGGCCUAUACUUGAAGACAAGAGGCUUCCUGAAUGGUACCCUGUCACUUUAUUCAAUGAGCUUUAUUAUCUUAAUUCAGGGGGAACAAUUUGGACAGAUGGAUCCCCUCCAGUCCAUAGUUUAGUAAGCAUUGGAGGAAGGAAGUUUUCCCUUGAUAGAUCACAGUUAGGUUUGAAAAGCAUUAUUGAUGUUCCCCAUCAAAAUGGUACUGCCAUUGACAUUCUCGGAAGGAUGACUUCAAUACUUGAGCAAAUACACACUCCAAUUGCUUCAAAGUCUGCUUUUGGAACAAAUUUGCUUCAAGAAGGCGAAGAAAACAUUGGUCAAUUCCUUUAUCUUGAAGGAAUUGAAUAUCACAUGUGGAACACGUAUGAUGUUCAUUUUUAUGCUUCUUUUGCGCUAAUCAUGUUAUUUCCAAAACUUCAACUCAGCAUCCAGAGAGACUUUGCAGCUGCAGUAAUGAUGCAUGAUCCUAGUAAAAUUAAACUUUUACAUGACGGACAAUGGGUUCCAAGAAAGGUUCUUGGAGCUGUUCCACAUGAUAUUGGAAUCGAUGACCCGUGGUUUGAAGUAAAUGCAUACUGCCUUUAUAACACUGAUAGAUGGAAAGACUUGAAUCCAAAAUUUGUUCUCCAAGUUUAUAGGGAUGUGGUUGCCACUGGUGACAAGAAGUUUGCAGAAGCUGUUUGGCCCUCAGUUUAUGUUGCAAUGGCUUAUAUGGAUCAAUUUGACAAGGAUGGAGAUGGGAUGAUUGAGAAUGAAGGCUUCCCUGAUCAGACAUAUGAUACAUGGUCUGUGUCUGGUGUAAGUGCCUAUAGUGGUGGGCUAUGGGUUGCAGCCUUACAGGCUGCAUCUGCCCUCGCACGCGAAGUAGGAGACAAGGGUUCUGAAGAUUAUUUUUGGUUCAAGUUUCUGAAGGCCAAAGCUGUCUAUCAGAAAUUGUGGAAUGGCUCGUACUUCAAUUACGACGACAGUGGCAGUCGCACAAGCUCAUCUAUUCAGGCUGAUCAAUUGGCUGGACAAUGGUAUGCAAGGGCAUGCGGUCUUUUGCCAAUAGUUGAUGAAGACAAAGCAAGAAGCACAUUAGAGAAGGUAUACAGUUACAAUGUCUUAAAAGUGAAAGAUGGAAAGCGGGGGGCUGUAAAUGGGAUGCUGCCUGAUGGAAGAGUUGAUAUGUCAUCAAUGCAAUCAAGAGAAAUAUGGUCUGGAGUAACAUAUGCGGUGGCUGCAACAAUGAUCCAUGAAGAUUUGGUGGAUAUGGCAUUUCAUACUGCAGGUGGAAUCUUUGAAGCGGUUUGGUCUGAAAAAGGACUUGGUUAUUCAUUUCAAACUCCGGAAGCUUGGAAUGUAGAUGAUCAGUACAGAUCUCUAGCUUACAUGCGCCCUUUGGCCAUAUGGGCAAUGCAAUGGGCCUUAUCAAGACAAAAACUCCCUAAGCAGGAGCCUAAACCUGAAAUGAAAGCAGAUUCCUUACGUAUACACCAUGCCGGAUUCUCCAAAGUUGCUCGCCUUCUAAAGUUGCCCGAAGAGCAAGGACCCAGGAGCCUUUUGCAGGUUAUGUUCGACUAUACUUGCAAGAGAAUGUUGAUUUAAUUAAGUGCGUGUAACUAUUAUUGUGUACACUGUACAGUGGCUUUGAGGAUUUGUUACACAAUAAUCGGAAAACUUGAGUCAAACUUCGACUCAAGAUAGCAUUUUUAAGUGUUUGUAUAGUUGUUUUGUUCUUUUAA